AUGCCGCAUGGUGAACUCCUAACACAGUCGCAUCGGAUGAUCUCGGAUACUGAAAGACUCAAUAAGGAGCAACUGCCAUUCCGUUAUCUGGAUGAGGUCUCUUCUGUAUUCAAUCAGCAAUACUCCACUACACUUACAUUUCUUACUGCCAAUAGGGACUUUCAUGAAAUGACGAACGAACACGAGUUCUCGCACGUCCCUCUGUCCACUUCCGGACCACAGGAAGUGGCCUACAAGGGCAUGGCUUUGCUGGAGACUCCUCAUUUCAACAAGGGCACCGGCUUUACUGAUCGAGAGCGAGACGUCUUUGGUCUACACGGUCUUUUGCCGUCUGCUGUCCAAACUCUAGACGAACAAGUCAAGAGAGCCUAUGGACAAUUUCAGAGUCGUUCCGAUGAUCUUGCCAAGAAUUCUUUCAUGACCAGCUUGAAAGAGCAAAACGAGGUGCUCUACUACCGGAUCAUUCAAGAUCAUUUGAAGGAGAUGUUUCCUAUCAUUUAUACCCCAACUGAAGGAGAAGCAAUCUCGCAGUACUCAAGGUUGUUCCGACGACCAGAAGGCUGCUUCUUAGAUAUUGCGAACCAAGACCGUGUAGAAGAAAGCUUGAGUCAAUACGCUGACCCGGCUGAUAUCGAUGUCAUCGUAGUCAGUGAUGGCGAACAGAUUCUUGGUAUUGGCGAUCAGGGUGUUGGAGCCAUCCUCAUCAGUAUCGCAAAGCUAGCCAUCUACACUGCAUGCGCUGGCAUCCAUCCUACGAGAACUCUACCUGUUGUCUUAGACUGCGGCACAAACAAUGAGAAGUUGCUUGAGGAUGACCUGUACCUAGGCCUCCACCGAAAAAGAGCCAGCGGAAAAGAAUAUGACCAGUUUGUGGAUCGUUUCAUUGCGGCGGCAAAGAAAAGUUAUCCAAAUGCGUAUAUCCACUUCGAGGAUUUCGGCUUAAGCAAUGCCCGCAGGAUCCUGGACAAAUAUACAUCCAAAAUUGCUUGCUUCAACGACGAUGUCCAAGGUACUGGCUCUGUUACUUUAGCAUCCAUCAUGGCUGCUCUCAAGAUCAACAAGGUUUCAUGGGAAGAGGCGCGUAUCGUUUGUUUCGGCGCUGGAACAGCGGGUACAGGUAUCGCAGACCAGAUCCGAGACGCCAUCUCGUUAGAGACGGGCAAGUCGAUCGAGAAAGCCCGUGAACAGAUUUGGUGCAUCGACAAACCAGGCCUUCUUCUGAAAUCGAUGAAAGAUGAGCUGACCACAGCACAACAUGACUACGCCCGCAACGAUGACGACUGGAAAGGCGAAAACCACAAAUCGUUUCUGGAAGUCAUUAAGAAAGUUAAGCCCCAUGUCCUGAUUGGAACAUCUACAAAGCCUGGAGCAUUUACCAAAGAGAUCUGCCAGGAAAUGGCGAAGCACGUCGAGCGCCCUAUUAUCUUCCCACUGAGCAACCCAACCAGACUGCACGAAGCUAAGCCUGCUGACAUCUUCGAAUGGACGCAAGGAAAAGCUCUUGUGGCGACUGGCAGUCCAUUCGCGCCUGUCGAGUAUAACGGCAAGAAAUAUGACGUGGCGGAAUGCAACAACUCGGUGUGCUUCCCUGGUAUUGGCCUGGGUGUCAUUCUUUCCGGAGCACGUUUGCUUCCACCUCCUCUGCUUGUUGCCGCUACCAAGGCCAUUGCGGAAGAAGCUCCAAUUUUGAAAGAUCCCACCAAAGGACUGUGCCCUGAUAUCGAACAAGCACGACAUGUCAGUGUGAAGAUCGCUGCAGCAGUUAUCAAGGCUGCCAUCAAACAUAAUCUGAACCAGGUCAAAGGAAUUCCUGAAGAUGAUCAGAAACUGGAGAAAUGGAUUGUUGAGCAGAUGUGGUCUCCUGAGUAUCGUGAUUUGGAGCCCGUAGAGCGCAAGUAG